CUGGGCUGUUCAUGUCCGCGGCGCGCGACACAUCAAAAAAGCGGGUGGGAGGCACCUUGAAGCAGAAGAGGGCGGAGAGAUGCCAGGACACACACUCUGCACGACGUGCAACUCGCAGAUCCCAGACAAGUCUUGGGCGCGGCACCACCUGAUGCCGAAGCACCUGGCGAAGACGCAGUUUCUGUCGUUCCGUACGGCCUUGGAUGAAGCCGAGAAAGACAAGAACGGGGUGUCGGUCAGUGGGGCCUUUGACUUCGGGAUAGUCGAGCCCUCCCUGGCGGGUGCUGGGGUAAGAAUGAACGCGACCAUCACGAACACCACGCCCUAUUCGAUUGUGAGCAUUGUCAAUGCGACGUUCGCCUCUUCGAGGGGAGUUCGGAUGUCGACGCCAUUCACACUCGACCUUGCGACUGCUCAUCGUUCAAUAUGCUACAAACAGACGCUGAACUUCACAGUCAGCAUGUGUCAGUCCCAUAACGGCCGUGCCCAAGAUCGACUGGAGUUGGAAUUCGAAGAUCGGCAGCUCGGACGCCGAUUUGUGAUAAUGCGCACAUUGGCUGUGAUUGUUGGGGACCGCGAUGAUCACGAAAACCUGCGACCCAGUGCACCGUACGUUCCGCGCAAACGAACUGCCCGGCAGCCUGAGACGAACGUUGUCGAGGGCGUCGCACCUCCCUCGCUGCGCGUGAUUCGCUACGUUGUCGUGCUUCCCGAGUCGCCGAUCCCCAAAGCCUUGUCUGCAGCUUUAGCAACUGGAACAGCAAGCAGCAUCGUCCAAAACAUGCGGACUGUGUUUCUGCCGCCGGUCCUGAAUAGUGACGCGUAUCCGCGGCACUUCAAGCAUCUCAUUUGGAUAGAGGAGCACCAGAUGGAGCGCGAUCUUCAGUAUUACGAUAUCACAGAGGCCAAGUUGACGGUGCACCAUCCCUAUCACUACGUCUCAGUCCCAGGACUGGCGGAGAAGCGCCCCAGUGUUCUCGUCGGCGACCGAAUCCUUGUGCAGCAAACAGGUGCUGCGGCUGGCCACUGGUUUGAAGGUGGCGUGCACGUCGUGCGGAAGGAAGAAGUCGGAUUGCGGUUCCAUUCGUCGUUUGGCAAGGCUUCUCCCCUAGCGCGUUUUACGGUGCGCUUCAAACUGAACCGGCACCCUGUUCGACGUCAGCAUCUGGCCCUCGAUACGGCCUUCGACGAGGACCGUGUGCUGUUCCCUGAACAAACGCACAUGCCUGCUGGACUAGUCCCUUCUAAGCGCAUCCAAGUCAAGAAUCCGCUGAUCGCACACAAUCCUCCUCAGCUGCAGGCCGUUGUGUCCAUAGUCGAGCGGGCGCCUGGGUCCGUCCCAUUCGUCAUCUUUGGGCCACCCGGAACGGGGAAAACGGUCACCAUGGUCGAAUCCGUUUUCCAGAUCUUGUCUGCGAACCCUCAAGCUCGCGUGCUGGCGAUUGCGCCCAGCAACUCUGCCGCAGACCUCAUCACAACGCGUCUCAUGUCACUGGGGGCGGAGCAGCUGUUUCGGUUCUACGCCCCGUCACGUCACAAAGAAACGGUCCCUCUAGAGCUACGCGCGUUCACCUUCGCCACCGCGAACGGACACUUUGCUGUUCCGGGGCUGGCGAAGAUGAAGACGUACAGGGUGGUGGUGACGACCUGUGUCUCUGCGUCUGUCGUUUCAGGGAUCGGCAUCCCAAGAGGCCAUUACUCACACAUCUUCUGCGAUGAAGCGGGCCAGGCUACCGAACCUGAAGUUAUGAUCGCGAUCAAAACUAUGGCCGACAAGCAGACCAAUGUGGUUCUCUCUGGGGAUCCGAAGCAACUGGGGCCGAUCAUCCGGUCUGCGAUUGCGAGAGAGCUUGGUCUGGAGAAGAGCUUCAUCGAGCGGCUGAUGGCUAUGGAGAUAUACGAUCAGGUCAGAGGUUACGGCAAGUCGUGAGUGAUGUGUUCCUUGGUUUUGGCCUGCGAUGGAGGACCCCCUUCCCAGCGUCGUCAAGCUUACGAAGAACUUUCGCUCGCACCCGUCGAUCCUCAAGUUUCCGAAUGAACGCUUCUAUCAAGGGGAACUGGAGGCGUGCGGUAGCCCGUCGGUGGUCAACGCGUAUGUGAACUGGGGGCCGCUGCCCAAUGGUCAGUUUCCGGUGAUCUUCCACGCGAUCAGGGGAAAGGAUGAUCGGGAAGCCUCUUCGCCGUCGUUCUUCAACGUCGAUGAGGUCAGCCAGGUCAAGAGCUACGUGGCGAUGCUCCGGGAUGACCGCCGCGUGCGGAUCAGUACGUUGCUGCCGCCCUUCGUGACCUGGCGAGAGACUGAGAUGUUCCAGCUGACAACGACAUCGGUGUGAUCACACCAUACCAUGCUCAGUGCCUCAAGAUCCGCGCGGUGCUGCGUGCAUUCGCAGACGGGGUCAAAGUCGGCAGUGUUGAGGAGUUCCAGGGCCAGGAGCGCCAGGUGAUCAUUGUCUCGACUGUCCGGAGCAGCCGCGAGUUUGUCGAGUACGACUUGCGUCACACACUGGGCUUUGUGGCCAAUCCCCGUCGAUUCAAUGGUGUGUGGGAUCUUUUCUGAUGACGUGCCCUGACCAGCCACUAGUUGCUGUCACACGAGCCCAAGCGCUGCUCAUCGUCAUCGGAGACCCUGAUGUGCUGGGCCUUGACCCACUUUGGCGGACUUUCCUGAACUACGUGCACGGCAAUGGGGGAUGGACUGGUCCAGAUAUCUCUUGGAAUCCAGACCAGCCGGUUGACGAGGCCGGGGGCUACGACCAGGCUGUCCGCGAGGCCGCUCUGUUCGAUAUGACUCAGUUUACGAAGAGGAUGGAAGACAUGACUGUCGCUGGCGUGAACGCGGACGAUGCUGAUGAAGAUGUAGAGCGGCCAUGGCAAGAUGUCGAAUAGUCCACGAUGUCUUCCACGAGGUCGUCUAUUCCAGUGUUUGUCUUGAUUCACCUGUAUGGAAAAUCUGAUCUUUGUUUGAGUGGGCGGGGAACACAUUCUGGAAUGGCUAAAUAGCAAAAUCAGCGAGAAGUCGAUCCUGGUCAAGACCCCUGAGUGUCUGCCCGCGGGUGAUCCGGAUUUGCUAUGGCCGUGACAAACUCGGCGAGAUCCCCUAAGAUCCUCUUGUCGUGUAUCCCUGUCUCUCUCUCGACUCAUUCAUCAUCGAAGAACUACUUACUUACUCUCUCCAAUUGCCAUCUCUCGUGAAACGGUUUUCCCCGAUAUGAAUCCUGAGUAUGAAGAGAAGAAGAUCGUCGACCUCAGUGACGAGGAGCUUGUCAACCUCGGGUUCAUGGGCGAAAACGUUGCUCCAGAGGUCAAAGACAUAGUCGAG